UUUAAAAAAUUAGGAAAACAAAAGUUUCCUCUUUUUGAGGGGGUAACUAUAUGUUUCGUAAUCGAGUUUCUGGAUGUGAAUUUCAGAAUUUAACUUCAAUUUUCUAAUAGACUAUUGCACGAACUGUCCUUUGAAAAUAUUGCUACAGGUAUCGAAGUUUGUACAGCACAUGUUUGUGAAAACAGACCAGAUGUUUCAUCCACAAAAUAAUCCACGAAGUUACAUAUUAACGAGUGCCACGGUGAAUUAAGAUCGAAUUUCAGGAUGGAUUGUUGCAACUAUAUGGAGUACCGUGGACACCAACAUUAUAGUCAGUUGUAUCAUCAUCAUAAUACUUAUGCACCUCACGGAUAUCACCUUCCGUACAACCAGCAGCCAGCAUGCUUCCAGUCGGAGGAGCCAUCCAAUUACCAUACAGGUUAUGUCUACACACCGAAGGAAGCGCGGAUACAGAAGGCUCUUCGGGCAGAGAUCCGCGACUUGAAAGGCGUGAAUCCCAGGGGCCAUAAGCCGACAUCUCUGGCAGGUACCAUCUCCAGCCGGCAAGGCUCCCAACACCAGCAGUGGGGUAACAAGGUCCACCAUCAGCCCUUCCAGCCUGGGGUCACUGUGAAACAGGCCCGCAGUCGUCAUAAUCCUGUAUCCUCAAGAAUGUUGGUGGAGCAGGAAAGAAGCCUACAGGUGGCAACAAAAGGCAUUCAGGAACAGGCAGAGCAAAACAUGAUCCAAGGAUGCACAGAUUCAUACCUAGAUGUUGACACGAACCCAUACCAUCAGUCCACCAAUCACGUGAACACCCCACGAAAUGGAGACUAUGUGGUCUUAACAGAAAUGGAUGGCCAGCAAUGGCUACCAUACGUACAGAUGCCCCAGUCUGGCACAUCUUACAUGCCGAGACCAAAUGAUGAAACAAAAAUCCAGCAAGGUAGUCCCUGGGCACAUCAUGCGACAGAAAUUCGUCAGCACCAAGUUUCACCUUAUUCUGUGAGACAGCAAAUGAUGAAUGGCUCCUAUGGGAACUGCAUGCAAGCCCAACCACUUACUGGAACAUCGGACAGUGGCGAACCAACUGCUGCAGGCCAGAUGAUUAACCACAGUGACAGAGAUGUUGGUAGCAGUGGUGAUGGUACUGUCAACAACAUUCAGCAACAUCACUACCUUUACCAACAGCAGCAACCUGCAGACAGCUCUGGUCUCCCUCAGAACAUGGUCACUAGGGAGGAAGUGAAUAGAGAAGAACAAAUGCAAAUGCUUGAGAUGAUUCCCAUGUCUUUAGCAAACAGCGUAGCACCUAUUUCUAUAGCUACUACAUCAGCAGCAGCCACAACAGCAGCAACUCAAAAGGCGCAAAUUCCUUCCAUUAGCUACAGUGCUGGUAACAACUGGAAACGACCAUCUGCCACAUCUGUAAACAAGAGUAGCAAGAACUCAUCGUCUGCCAGCACACAUCCAGCUGCGGUAGAAAUUACCAGUACACUGAGUGAUAAUUCUGGUGUUGCUAAUGGAACCGAGAAUACAAACGGUCCCUUGCCAGCCUUUGAGCAAGCUUUCGGUUCAACAGAAAUUGGCCGUUAUUCUCAUGAAGGAUUUUUCAGCAACACAACUCAACAAACUGAGAAUCACCAGCCUGCUAGCAAUGAGGUUAGUAUCAAUUCUGCUCCUGAUUACAACUAUUAUAUGGGUCCAUUGCAGAUUCCCACUUUUGAAUCAACUAUGCAUUAUCAUCAGAACCAGCUUCAAGCCGUUAACCAGUACUCAGGGUUCUACAACUAUUACAAUUACAAUUACAAUUGCAAUGAGUUUCACCAACACUUCAGCUACAGCCAUAAUCAGUUCUCACAUUACAAUCCAUUGACCAAUGCUCCAAUGAAAUACGAAAAUGUUCUGAAUUAUUAGAAUAUUCACCAUAUAUCAUAUAUUUUGUACCUAGUUCAGUUACACGCUAGCUUUACCUAAUUAUUAUGAACAAAUUUUGUCUUCUUUACGUAAUACAUAAAAAUGUAUAUCUUAUUUUGGUAACAAAUAAAAAUGUAUAAGGGUUUGCCUGACAAAUGAUUGAUAAGCAUUAAAAUUGUACACAAAAGCCAUUUGAAAUGUGACAGCGGGAGAUAAUACUGUUGAAUAUCGGUAUUACCAUUUAAGGGCAACCACAAUACAUUGCUUUUAUUCUAAAUUGCUAUUAAUUACCUACGUAGUAAACCGGUGAUCUCCCGAAUGAGUUCCCAGACAUUUAUUAAAUGCCUCCAUUUCAGUAAACUAUAUGGAUAUUUUCUGUAGGUAUAGGAUCUGUAUACAUAUAUAUGUUUCCAAAAGGCAAAUUGCUGUAGUGUGCAUCCUAUAUUUGUAAAAAAAAUAUGAUUUUAUAAUUAAGCCAUUAAAAUAAUAAUAUACUGUUUUAAACAACCUAAACCUAACAGUACUUAGAAGCAAAACUAAAAAUGGAUCAUAAAUUCUAUAAAUUAAAAUUUUGAAACCAGUUUUGUAGAAAGAUUGACAGAAAAUGUGCCUUCAAAAUAAGGGACUGGAAGUAAGAAAAUUCCAUAAUUAUAAAAGCAACAGCUUGUUGUCUCGGUCAUUAAGUCAGCUGCAAAUUAUCCCAUUCCCACAUAUCCUGUGAAAAAAAGUGAUAAUCAAAAAUCCUAGUCAUAUAAUACUAAAAAAUUUUGAGAGAAACUGAAUUCAUUAAAUACUUUUAAAGUAAUAUUUUUGGGGACCAAUUUCCAAACUUUCACAGUUGUAACAUCUACACGCAACAUUAAGGAGUUCAUGAAAGCGUUCAUCUGUGUCCAUAGCAUAGUAAAAUGUGGCUUACUGUGCUAUGUUUAAGAGAUAAAUCAAAAUAUUGAUUUAAGUAUAUAGUUAUGAAUUAUGUGAAUGUACAAGCAUGUAAUGGUUUUGUACAUAUACAGUAAAUUAAGCAGAACUGUUUAUGGGUGUGGCUUUGAAAGGGCUAUUUUUAUGUUAAUUUUAGUAGACACUUCUAAGAAGUGAUGGUUUUGUCUGAAAUAUAUAUUACAGAUUGAACAAUUUGUUAUUGACAUUAAGAAUCACUUGGGCACAAUCCCAAAGGAUGCACCAACAUUCUAUCCUGUAAUAAUAUUUGCAAGUAUGAUCAGCUAUCCCUGAACAGAAGGAAACAUUAGUAAAACCAGAAAGACACAGCUUGUGGCUCGGUCCACAUUUGAUCAGGUCUAUGAAUUCCAUUUGUUUAAAAAAUAUCAGGGCAUAUCACAGGCACAUCAAGUACGAUCAUAUUAUUGAGACUUUAUGAUCUUGGUAUCUAUGUUUAUUUAUAUAUAAAUAUGUAUUACAAAAGGAAAACACCAGGUGGAGUAAAUAUAUGUAUAAUGGGUGACAUGUGAGAUGGCAUUUCUAUAAGCAAGAUAAGGUAGAUAUAUGAACCAGAGAAACGUGCACAAUAUUUUGUUCAUAAGAAAUAUCCUUGGUGUGAUGAUGAUGUCAGACUCAUGCUAUCACAUUAUCAUUCAAGAUGAUCACUGUAAUGCACACGAAUUCGUCUCCAGUGUCCUUACUUAGUUAUGUGCUCCUCCUUCCUUUACCAGGCAAUAACGAAGGAUAACCUAUAGGAAUCAUACAAGGUUAAGAACAGGCAAAUAUAGUUUUCAGCAGAAAUUAUUUGGGCAUAUUAUAUUAAUACAUUAAGUAGAACAGUAUUAGAGAUGCUUUAUGCAUGCAUAUGAAUGUUGUAUAAGUCUCAAAUGGUGAACUUUGGGUAUGCAAAAGCUAUUGGUUCUUCUAAGGGGUCCUUUCAGAAGGGAUUCACAUUAUUUCUAAACAGGAUAACAUAAUGAUAGGCAGCAUGAAGAAAAAUCUCAUUACUAUAACUGACACAGCUUCUCAGCAGCAUAUUUGCUUUGUUACCUCAGUUUCAGUGUAUCUACACAAAAUUAUUUUAUAUUCUUUGUUAACAGUAUAAGGAAUUACAUAGUAACAGGCAUUCAAAUUGCAAAUUAAGCUGUAAAAAGAGACUAAAAUGGUAUCAUUUUGUAAUGCCAUCAAUUUACAACACUUGUUGUUCUAUAAGCAAGUUCAUAUUAUUUCUCUCGUCUGCAUUCCACAUUUCUUAACAUUGGUCUUUACUGUGUGCUGAAGUCCUUAAUGUUGACAAUCACAUAUCACAGAAUGUCAUAUCCAAGAGCAACUAUUAAGACAAUCAAAUUUUAUUAGUUUCAUAAUAAUUCCUUAAUGUCAUACAACCAAAACUUAGAAAAAAGAUGAAUAAAUUAUGUUCUUAAAUAUGGUAUCAGCUGUAAGGUUUAUUCUCCCACCCACCAAUAUCUAUUUAUAUCCAAGACAACUAAACAUUUUCUAAUUUCAUCAUAUUGUUGUUGCUCCUUUGUAACAGCCAGUUAUAUAAUUCUUUUCUCAGGUAUGCUUUGAUAGUCUGGAUAUGAAGCAAAGUAGCUGUGUGAAGUAUGUAAUAUUCGUGCUUCUUUUUAUUCAACUUUGAUGUUGGUAUAUGAAUUUAUACUUCUGUCACAGCUCACCUAUUCUUAAUUCUUCUUAUGUCUUACAUUUUACAUUAAUUACUUUCUCAUGAUCAUUCUACUUCCAAAAAUAUAUCAUAGUUAACGUCUUAAUUAGUAUUUUUUCAUUACUUGCUAAAUUCACUGUGUGAAUAACAAACAUUUAAAUCUUUCAAACAGUGAGAAGGCAUAUAAUUUCCUCUGCUAUAAACUUCCCAUCAGAGAUUGAGUAGGGUUCGUUGGAGUAGAGAAAGUGAAAGGUCAAUGUUAUGGACACUGCAGAAUUGGGGAACUGCCAUUGGAAUGUGGAAAGUUUACACAUUUAAUAGUUGGUUACAACAUCCUAACCCCUAGGCCAAGAACACUGAUACCUGGAGUCCAUGCAAUAUUAUCGAGUUAGAACAUUUGCCUUUCAUAUCUUGGAUUACUGGUUAAUUUACAACAGUCUUUGUACAGAAUGAUUUAUUAAUGACACAGUUUUAUCUGUUUGCUCUUGGACAGCAUAAAUUUUAUUCUCAGCUAUUACAAAGUAGAAAACAAUUUGAUUCCCUUAUGCCCAUUACUUUUGAUCUAUCAAUAUCAGCCUUCCACUACUUGUCUUGCUUUUUUCACUGAAUCAGAAAUGUUUAUAUACAGAAUCAUGUGACUGCAUUUACUGCCUACAAUAUAAUGUAAAAUACUGCCUUCUAGAAUGACAGAGUGUAGUCUUGUUGAUGUUUACCCUCUAUCAGACUACAUGUCUUCACAUCCCACUCACCACAAAUUCCCAAGAUAUAACCUUAAAAUGCGUCAUGAAUACUGCCUCUCAUAGCUUUACAAAUUCAUCACUGUCUUCGCAUUUUCAUUUGAUUUUGUAUAGUUCAUUGCAUCAUUAGCUAGAUUUUAUUACUUCUGCUUCAUUAUACAGGAUUGGGUGCAGAAACUUCCUUUUUGUGAAGACACAUUGUCAAGGGAGGGGAGGUGGCAGAAAAGCGGGGAUAGGCUCGGCAAACGCAGCAGUCGCGUGAGUUUCUGUCUAAUAUUGCUCAGUAGGAAACGUAGGAAACAUGAGGUGGACGAGUGAGCAGCGUGCGUUUGCUGUCGAAGCCUAUUUUUCGAACAACCAUUCCCAUGGCAGUGCAGCAUGCGUUCCAUACUCACUUCGGAAUUAAGCCCAGAGGUCCGGUUCCCGACCGGAAAUCGAUUGUUUUGUGGGUAGGGAACUUUAGGACAACCGGGAGUGUGGUGGAAAAAUCAUCAGGAAGACAAGGGACCGUUACAAAGCCAGAAAAUGUGGAGGCAGUUCGACAGUCGAUUUUGGGAUCCUUUUCGAAGAGGCUCUUGAAGAAAUACAUCUAGGAAAUGUCUGGUUCCAACAGGAUGGUGCCACGGCCCACACAG